AUGGACGAGGAAAUUGCAGACAAAACUGCUGCUAUAAAUAUGGGGCAAGUCGAAGAGCCAAGUAAAAACGCACUCAAGAAGGCAAACAAGCAAAAGAAACUGGCAGCAGAAAAAGCAAACAAGUCAGCCACAGAUACAACCCCAGAAGCUGCCAGAUCCGAGGCCAAGAAGGCAGUCAACAAAGCUCCCAAAAAGAAAAUCGAAGGGGCUGCUUUGAUCGGCAUUGACAUAGCGAAGGACGAGGACUUUUCAGACUGGUAUCAACAAACUCUCACCAAGGGUGAUUUCCUCGACUACUACGAUGUCUCCGGCUGCUACAUCCUCAAGCCCGCGUCGUGGUUCAUCUGGGAGCAAAUCCGAGACUGGUUUGACUUCAGGAUUAAGAAAAUCGGAGUCAGAAACUGCGCGUUUCCCUUGUUCGUAUCAGAAGAAGUCCUUCAGAAAGAGAAGGCCCAUAUCGAAGGGUUUGCAGCGGAAGUUGCAUGGGUGACACAUGCCGGGUCCGCAAAGCUUGACAAAAAGAUCGCAAUACGUCCAACAUCAGAGACCGUCAUGUAUCCAUACUAUGCAAAAUGGAUACGGAGCCACCGAGACCUUCCUCUCCGCCUCAACCAAUGGAACUCCGUUGUUCGCUGGGAAUUUAAGAACCCAACGCCGUUCCUAAGGACGAGGGAGUUUCACUGGCAGGAAGGCCACACAGCUUACUUGAAGCAAGAAGACGCGCAUAAAGAAGUUCUACAGAUACUGGAAUUCUACGCCGGUGUUUAUGAAGAACUACUUGCUGUUCCAGUGGUUCGAGGUCGAAAGACUGACAAAGAGAAGUUUGCCGGGGGAGACUACACCACCACAGUCGAAGGCUACAUUGCUGCGACCGGACGAGGGAUUCAAGGAGGCACAAGCCAUCAUCUGGGACAGAACUUCAGCAAGAUGUUUGGCAUCUCGGUGGAGGAUCCCUCCGCCAAAGAAGGUGAGAAGAAAGCUGCACUCAACGUCUUCCAGAAUUCAUGGGGUCUGAGUACAAGAGCGAUCGGUGUGAUGGUCAUGACUCACGGAGACAACCGCGGUCUCGUUGUUCCUCCCCGUGUCUCCGAAAUCCAAGUCGUCAUCGUUCCUGUGGGCAUUACAGCCAAGACGACCGAGGACGAAAGAAUCUCUUUACACAAGCAGGUCGACGCUCUGGAGGAGAUCUUGAAAGCCGAGGACAUACGAGCCGAGGCCGACAAGCGGGGAUACUCUCCAGGCUGGAAGUUCAACGACUGGGAGAUGAGAGGUGUGCCCUUGCGCCUCGAGUUCGGACCCAAAGACUCGGCAGCUCAUUGCGUCACCACCUCUCGCCGCGACAUCGAAGGGAAUGACGGCAAGGGUACAAUCCAGAUCACGGAGCUUGCCGCAGGGGUCAAAUCUCUUUUGAGUUCCAUUCAGAAAGACCUCUACAGCCGGGCCGACCAGGUGUAUAAGGAUCACACCAAGAAGAUCACAUCUUGGGACGAUUUCGUGCCGGCACUGAACGACAAGAACGUCUGCCUCAUUCCCCAUUGCCUGACGGAGAAGUGCGAGGACGAGAUCAAGGAGAUGAGCGCGAGGGUGGACGGCGACGAGGUCGUUGAUGAAAGGGCUCCGGCUAUGGGGGCGAAAUCUCUGUGUAUUCCUUUCGAUCAGCCGGAGGGGAUCGUGAAGGGGGAGACGAAGUGUACGAAUCCCAACUGCAAAAAUUUGGCGGAAAGCUUUUGUUUGUUUGGGAGAAGUUAUUGA